AUGAAAAUAGAAGAUCAAGCUUUCAUCCCACUCAAUACACCGAGAUCACACAUUUUAAUGUGGAUUCAAAAUAACAAUGAACUAGUGAGAUAUCCACCGAAGCUACAGUAUGAGGGAGACAGAAAGAAAUAUUGCCAAUUUCAUGAUGGUCACGGCCAUGUCACUGAUGAGUGCGGAAGCCUGAAGAAAGAAAUUGACCGAUUAGUGCAAGUCGUCCGCUUAAAAGACUUUGUAGCACAGAGAAAAAAUUAUAACUCGCGAGGAGGCAACCGAGGAGAGCACAGUAGCAAAAGAGAGGAGGCACCACCACCAAAGAGACAAAGUGUAUCAAGAGUAAUUAACACCAUAGCCGGUGGAAUGGCCGAUCUAGAGUAUAAACGAGGAAGACGCAAAAGAAAAAAAAUGGUGAUGAACAUAUCAUUAGCCAAACCUCUACCCGAAGUCAGCUUCAGCUCAGCCGACGGCAAAGGAAUAGAUUUUCCCCACCAAGACCUUUUAGUGAUCUCAGGGCUGAUAGAAAAUUUCUGGGUAAUGAGACAACUCGUGGAUGAGGGAAGCUCAGUCAACCUUAUCUCGAAGCAGGCAUACCUCGGCAUAGGAUGCUCGGUCCUAAAUCUAAAACCAGAAAAAACUCCUCUAGUCGGUUUAGGAGGCGCACCGGUGCGAGCAGAAGGAGUAGCAUAA